AUGGUACGAUGGUCCCUGAUUGAAGAAUGGCUUCAAUUGCGCGAUUCCCGCGCGAACCCACAUUUUGGCGUGGGUGCUGUUCAAGGCAAUCUUGAAGUCAAGGAUGAGAUACAUACUCUCGCGUCUGAUCUGACUGAUUGCCAGAAUUCACAGGAGAGAGACAACUGUAGGCGACGUCUUAGUACUGAGAGUGGGUCUGUUUGCGGUGUGCGCGACUCCGAAAGCUUUCGCUUUGGAUUGUGCGGCCCAAAGCUGGGCAUGUUUAAUGGGACUUAUGGACGUAUGGAGUGGAUUGUCGCCUCCCCUGCUAUCAAAGAAACUAAUGGAUCCUUGGGUAACGCCGCCUCCUUGGCCUUUACUUAUCUGUUGAACGCUCUGGCCUCCUUGGAAAAAUCCCGGAGCUUGAUACUCUUGGACCCUCUUUCCGUUUCCCGGUCCCGUAUUAUGUGGUACACUGUCGAGUACCAAAUUGUACUAGUCCUCGUGGAAUAUAUGCUCCAUCGCUCUAAACAAGACUACAUUUACCGAGACUAUUUUCAACCUGAUUCCGUGUUUGUCGUGGUCAAGUCCAGAGGCCAACCCAGUACAAGGGCUGCCAUUCUCCCGCUGUUCCCAAUAUAUUUCGUGCUGCAUGCUAACUUCCGACCAUCUUGGAGUUUUCGUGACCGUCGUCAGGUUGCUGUCCCCGUGUAUCGUCCAAAAGCUAUUUAG